AUGGAAGAGUUGGAAUGGCUUAGUGUUCGUGAUAUCGUUCACUUCACUCACUGUGUCUCCUGUCAUUUGGCCAAAUGUGAAGUGGAGAGCAUUCUGCAGUGUAAGUGCCCACAAUGCCAUGUUUCUAUGCACGAAUGCAAAAUUGAAGACCACAUCACUGAGAUAUGCCAUAAGACUUUUACUCCAUGCAUCAAUGCUAGCUAUGGUUGCCGUAAGUUGAUCAGACGUGAUAGAAGAUCGAGACAUCUGGAGAAUUGCUCGGCAAGUGUUGUGGUUUGUGGAAGAGAAUGGGAUCGAUGUGUGUUGUCACCAACAUCGAAAUUACAGUUGAAGAAGUGGGGAAAAGGGAUUGAGAGGGAUUCCAGCAAUCUUCCAUUAGACAUCGCACUAACUAUUUCAGAUCAGAACGUGAUCAUCCAAAGUUACGGUUUCUCACGUUUCGAUCGCGUUCGCCGUCGAGAUGGUCUUCAUCCUUCACAUCCGGUUCUACCACUUCGAGAAGUGAGUCACUUCAGCGAUGAGGAGAACAGCAGCGAUGAAGAAACACGUGCUAAGGUAGUUUUCACAUUGCACUUAGGUGUUCAAGGCUUUUUUUUUCCAAUACUUCUGUUUCAGAUGGAUCCAUCCAGUCAGCAUCUUCACACCCUUGGAAAUGAAUCGGUCAAAUACGAGGAGAUAAAGCGGGUGAAAAGAUUUGGAAAGGAUCUAAACUUUUCUCCGGAAACUAUGCCAGAGUUCCUUGUACGGGGUGAAAAUAUCGCUCACAUUCCACUAACCUUUUUUGUGCUAUUAAAAUGUCUGAAAACAUUCCGUCGAGUUGAAUACGCGGAUCAUCAUGUGUCACAGCAUGUACGAUGCAUCAAUAGUCUCUCGGACCUCGUCGUUAGAUGUCCGAACUGGCAGCGCGGCUGCACAUUUUACACCACACGAUUACGACCUAAAUUAAAUUUUUUUCGAUUUCUUUCGUCGUUGGAUUCGAUAUCGUUUCUUCCGUCUUUUCCCGACUACAACGAAAACACGUCACUUCCUCGGCCUUUGGACACACUUCCUGCUUGGCUGAUCAUUACUUUGCUCAAAUACCUACCUAACUCGGCUAUUCGCUCACUUUCUCAAACAUCAAGGUAUCGCGUUUUUAUUACCAAGAUGAAUUUCGCAAUUUUAAGUUUUUUAAUAGCAUUACGAAUGAGUGCGCUUCUAUUGUCUCACUUUCAAUACUUUUCUGUUGCUGAAAAACCACUGGAAUACUUUUGGGAGCCAGCGCCGAAAUUGGGCGACCACCUCACUCAUUGUGAAUACAGCGAUGUCGUCGAAUAUCAUGAAGUACGAGUACCAGUGCUUUCAUCAAAUCUGCAGCAAAUAACGAACGAGUUCAUGAAGCGACUACCUUAUUUUACUUAG